CCCUCCUCCUCCCCCCAUUCCCCUUCCUCCUUCCUCCCCUCCCCUUCCCUUCUCUUCCCACCAUGGCAACGAUAAUUAGCUUCCGCCACUUUCCGCUCUCCAAUUUUGUUGUGAUGCUGUCACUCGUGGCAGUUGUCCAAGGAGGUGUAUGGAGGGCAGGACCCGAUGGAAGCGGGCCUGGCACUCCUGCGAACCGCGACGACUCUGCUGCAGCUGCUCUUGGCGGAUGUCUUUACGUGAUCGGCGGGAAGACCGAUAUCGGAAUUUCUAACGAUGUGUGGCAGCUGUGCGGCAACGAGUGGACCAGCAUGGCAGUCGACAUGGCUCCGCCGCACACGGCGUCGCCAUCAGCGCCGCCUCCGCCACCACUGCCUUUCAUGGAGGACCAUGUUGUGACGUCGCUCGAGCCGGAUGUGCUGUUCGUUUUUUGGAGCAGUACGUGUGGAUGGCCAACACUACCGAUGCGCCCCUCGGUGCGCUGCUCUUCUCUGGGCCGUACGGCCCGUUGCCUGGUGGCGCCAGCUUGAAGGAUGCAACAGGCGUCGCUGUCACCGAUCCUACCUCAGGCGUCCCGCACUUUAUCAUCUUUGGAGGCCUUGAUCGGAAUUCUCUGGCGAACCCGACGUCAAACAAGUUAUACGACUUUGAUUCGGCCACGGGGGACAUCUCGCUGCUCCAGGUCUCGUCUACCACGGGCCUACUUCCCCUACCGCGCGAGGACUCGUUCAUGGCACUCGCAGACGACGGCCUCGUCUACAUGUUCGGCGGCGCAUUUGGCGACGACGUCCUCGACGACAUGUGGACCUUUGACUAUGGUCCGCGGAUCUGGCAACCGAUCCCGCGCCCGUCUGAUCCUGCCGCCGUCUGGCCGCCGCCGAUCGAGGACGAGGUCAUCGUCCCGCUGGGAGAUCCGGCACGGACACUGGCUAUGGUCCAUGGCGCCGACGCAGGUGGUGCCGUCUACCUCUACUCGAUUGACAGCGGAUUGUGGACGUAUGACCCGAUCACGCUUGCACCCCUGGCUCAGAGCCCAAGCCUCAGCUCAGGCCUCGCCCCGCUCGUCGCCAACACAACUGCCGACGAGCCGGCGGUUGCAGUUGCACCGAGCCGGAAAGAUCACGUCGGAGGCCGUGUCUCGGCGACCGAGCUUGUCAUCUUCUCUGGUUCGCUGGAGGAGAUUGAUAUCAAGGCUGGCGACGUGUGGUGGUACUCGGUGGCGGAUUGUCCCAACAACUGCUCUACCUCACUUCCUCGCUCGAGCGAGAAUGCUUGCGGCAGCCUCGGCAUCUGCUCAUGUAGCGCACCUGUUCUUGACCUCGCCGCGCUCCUCGCCAGCAGCCCGACAGACGCCGAGUCGGCUCUGAGCGAGUACGCUCACAACACGCUGCUGGCGCUACUCCCGGACUCAUCGUCAGGCAAGACACUUGCUCUGGCGCUUGGCGUCAGCAUUCCUCUGAUUAUCAUCAUUGGUUUUGGUGUGGCCGCCAUCAUGUUCUUUCUGCAUCGUCGUCGGUCGGCACAGGUCACCUACCGCCUUGACGCGCACUCGGACAUCAUCAUUCCGUUUGACGAGCUCGAGCUGGGUGCUUUGCUCGGCGCCGGCGCGUACGGCGUGGUCCAUCGCGGAAUGUGGAAGGGCGACGUGGUGGCGGUCAAGCAGCUAUCGCUAUUGGCGUGCUCGGACCCUCCCGCAGACGAGUCGUCCAGCGCGAGGGCACCCGAUGCCGAGCAAGCCGAGAUUCCCGAGGCGGUCAUGGCCGAGUUUGCCGCUGAGGCCUCUGUGCUCCUUGCCUGCCGGCACCCCAACAUUACGCUCCUUCUCGGAGUAGCGCUCGACCCGCCGGCGCUCGUCUCUGAGUUUAUGUCGCGCGGCUCGCUGUUUGCGGUCCUCUCAGCCGAGGACAUCGCGCUCGACGUGACGAUGGUCUACUACUGGGCGGCUGGUCUCGUUUCUGGCCUCCGCUUCCUUCACUCUAACGACAUCACCCACCGCGACAUCAAGUCGCUAAACGUGCUCCUCUCGGACGGCUGGAUGCCCAAGCUGACCGACUUUGGCCUCUCCAAGUUUGCCGCCGUCGAGGCCGAGCCUCAAGGCACUGGAGGUGGCAAGGGCAAGCAAACGGCCUCGCCGUCGCCAAGCAAUGUACCCAUGGAGCUCGAUGCGCCGCUGGGCACCCUGCUGUGGACCGCACCCGAGGUGCUGGCGUCGACAGUCGACUCUCACGCCAUUGCCGACAUCUACUCGCUUGGCGUGGUCAUGUGGGAGAUGGCAUCGCGGCUCCCGCCCUACGGCUCGGCAUCCGAUCCGAUUGUCGUUGCUCUCGAGGUCAUGGCGGGGACAGCCAAGCUCCCGAACGACGUCCUCAUGCCGGGCCUGCAUCCGGUGUACGUCUCGGCCUUGUACGCGGCCCUCGCGCAUGAUCCCAACCAACGAGCGACGCUGGACGAUCUUGCCGAGCGGCUGUCUACCAUCAACAACCCAUCGCGGCUGGUAUACCCGUCAUCGGUCCGGGAGCCCGAGGGCGAUGUCUACACCUUGACGCUCAUUGUGCCCGGACUUGAGCACUUACUGGGAUCGGCUGGCGAGGCCAGCGUCGGGCCGCAUAUGAAGGCCUUCCACUCUCUGGUUCGCGACAACUUUUCGUCGCUGUCGGUCUUUCUGGAGACCUGGUCAAUCGAGUCGAUUGUGGGCGUGUGCGCACGGCCGUCGCAGGUUACAAAGGCCCUUUCUCUUGUGAUGCGGGACGUGGAGGCGGCGUGGUCACAGCUGCCGCCCACGCCGCUUACCUUGAUUGCAUUGGUGUCGACCGGCGAGGCUGAGACCGGCCCCAUGGAUCCACGGACCGGCAAGUCAACGUACUCGGGUUCCGCACUAGAAAGCGCGCAUGAGUUGCGGACCACAACGCGGUCAUUGGCGCUGGACAAGGGCGUGCCGCCGAGCAUCGCGUCAGUGGCACCGUCCAAGGAGCUGCCAGACGUUGUUGUCGAUGACGAGGCGCACCCGAUGCCGUUUGUGGUGCUGAUGGCGAAAGAGGCGUGGGAGGCGUGUGGUCCUGGGCUCUUGCUCGACGCGUACGAAGGCGUUAGCGCCGGAUUCAUCCACUUUGCCGCACCGCAUCUGGCUGUUAUCUCCAACGCUGUCGGAGCCGGCGCUGUGUGGGCCAUGUCGGGCGAUGUGGAUGCGCGGCUCCGGUCGCUGCAGACAGCCUGGAAUCAGCUGAUGACGGAAUCACACGAGCACCACGACCUGCCGCUCAUGCCGGCCAAGUUUGUCAAGUCGUGCAUCCGCGAGAUCAACCGCAUCGGAACUGGCUCGUUUGGCCGUGUCUUCAUGGCCUCGACAACUCGUAGCGGCUCGCCAGACGUUGCGGUCAAGGUCAUGCUGCAGGACCGCCUAGCGCCCAACGCGCUCGUCGACUUUGCCACGACGCUGUUCUCGGCUCAUCAGGUCAUGGCGUCGAUCCCGUGCGUGUCCCAUGUAGCGAGCGUUUGCCUCGACGCAGGCUCGCUGGCAAUGGCUUCGGCGCUGGUACCGGGCAAGUCGCUGGCGCAGACCGACUACAUUCCGCUCUCCAAGGCGACCCGAAGCACAUACAUUCUCCUGGUGGCGCAGGGCCUUGCAGCGCUCCAUGCCGCCGGCGUCGUCCACGGCGCAAUCAAGCCGGGCAACAUCCAUCUCCCCGAUGCAUCAUCGUCGGCUCCGGCUGCAAUCAUGUUCUCAGACGUUGGCGUUUGGUCGCUCAAGGCGAACCUCAACACGGUGACAGUCUCGCCGUCGGUGGCGUAUACCACGCCGGAGCAGCUGAUCGGCAUGAUUCCGACCGAGUCGUCGGACGUAUACGCAGCCGCCAUGGUCAUUCUGGAGAUCCUCUGCCCGGCCGCCUUUCCGACUUCUGCAGCGUGCCUGCCAUGCAGCUAGCCAUGAUCAUCAUGGCCGGCGACGUCAUCGACCCGCUGAGCCUCGGCAUCCCAUCAUGUCUCACCUCGGUCCUCUCCUCGGCGCUCGCGACCUCGCCUGACUCGCGGCCGACUGCGGCCGACUUGGUUGCCGCCUGCCAAUUGCUGUAGCUCCAUCGCCCGUGCUCAUCGCUUGGUAACCCAGCAUAGUAGCAAGUGCAGGAGCAACAUGGGCAGUAGGAGCAGGAGUUGCAGCAGCAACAUCAUAUUGUGGAGACCAAGACGCAUACGUAGCCAUCGAAGCCGCCAGCAAGCAGCCGGCUAGCAAGCGUUCAAGCCGCUUCAUGGUGAUGCGACACCAUCAUCACACAACGUCCAUGCCACCGAGAAGUUGAUGCAAGCCCCCAUCUGACAUCCUGUCUUAUCAAACCAUGAACACACUCGCCCAUCAUCACA